UCAACAAAUAAUAUUCCUAAUCGGAAAUUCAGAUCAGACAGCAGCUCUGAGAAUUGUUUAAAAAUAAGAUGUCUACGGAAGAGUUUAACCUUGAAAAGUUGGACAGUUUGUUUGCUAAAUGUAAAGAUGGAGAUGUAGUUGUAAUGGACGCUUAUGUAGAUGCAUAUGAAGAAUUAAGCAAAUUGUUUUCCUUACUGGGGUCAGUGUUUGGCUUUGUUACAUCAGAUGUAGUGGAAAAAAUUGGCAUUCUUAGAGAAUAUCGGAGCAGUGAAGUGUCAGAGAAGUAUGUCUCCAUACAGAGCAUGAUUCAGUAUGAAGUUGAAACCAAGACCACUAACAACAAAAAGAAGGCAUCUGGAUCAAGAACUCUUUUACGGCUUCACAGAGCUCUGGAAUUCACAUCGAGGCUUCUUUCAGACCUAAAGAUAGCUGACGAACAUGAAAAGAUGUCUAGCCUCACCAAAACUGCUUAUGACGAUACACUUGCUCGUCAUCAUCCAUGGCUUAUAAGGAAAGGUGUGCAUGUAGCCGUUUACACAUUACCCUCCAGAAAACAUUUCCUAGAGAAACUGAAAGUUGAGGAUAUUGAAAAAGCUAAAGAUUUACUAGGAAGGGUAUCAGAUGUCCAGAAAGAAAUAUUCAUCAUCACUGAGGAGCUGUAUGCCAAGGAGAAUCUACUAGAUCUACCUUAGAUUAACAUAAUUAUUUGUUAUACAAACUGUCUGUGAUUUAAUUUUGUUUUUACAUUUUGGAGGCAAUUUCUGUUUUUGGAAUAUUUCUUCUUUUUUAUUUACAUUAUUUGUGUGUGUAUUAUUGCACUAAGAAGGACCAUGCACCAUACCUAAUCUUUUAUGACUGCUGAGGGAGUAUUCAGAAAGUUUUUGUAACAAAUACAUCAAAUUUAGAGCAAACACAUUGUGGUCAACAGAAUUGUUAAUAUAUCUUACAAAAAGCAAUGAACUUUCAUGAGCUUUUAAGAUAUAAAUUUUAAUUGUAAAGUUUGGACUUCAGGGCUGGAAAGUUUAUACAGUAACACAGUACUAGUAGAUUCUAUGAAAUGAAAUGACAAAAAUUUUUAAAAGUUUAAUAUGGAAAGUUUAAAAGACACAUUCCAUUAAUGUACAUAUGAAUUUAGACAAAAACUUAUAUGGUAAAAAGGAUGGUUUCUAGUGAGUCUCUUUGUGAACCCUUACAACCUCUUUGCUCUGAUAUUUACACCAUGUGGGUAUACAAGAUAUUGAAUGUACAUAAAAAUAAUUUUGAUGCGAAACAAGCUAUGCAAAGUGGAAGUGAACAUUUUUGAUACAAGUUUAAAUUUUGGUGUACUAGCUAUGCUGGUAUUUAGAAUUAUUAUUUGAUUAAGCAGAAUUUAAGUUAAUUAUUUACAAUAUACUUAAAAUGCAUGGUUAACUUACUAAUAUUAACAUUAAGUAACAUACAAAAUUUUACAGAUACAGUCACACCUCAUUAUCUUGAACUCCUUCGUACCAAGAAAAAACUUCAAGAUAUCCAAGUAUUCAAGAUGUUGAAGUACAUAAAGAAAAAGUAGUUAGGACUUCUAGUGACUUCGAGAUUUUGGUGUUCCAGAUAACGAAGCUCAACUACAUGUAUAUAUUUAUUCUUAUUUUAUAAAUUUAUGGAAGUAUUUAAAUAACAAAAUUAUGCAACUAACAUUUAGAUCUACUCAAAAUAGUUUAAGUUACUAUAAAAAGAUAUAUAAGAAAUAAUUGCAAUGUCUUUCCUUUUUCCCAUGAUUUAAAACCACUCUUGAAGGACAUUUUAGUGUUAUAUAUAUUUAAGUUAUUCU